AUUUAUCUCGAUAUCACGUUAACGAUAGUAUCUGUUCUUGGAGGCUUACUAGUCCGUUCUUCGACUUGUUUCUGGCGGGUCCUUGUUUACCCUUUUGUGCAUUUUGCGUGCUACGCUUACAGGAGCAGAAGGGUCGUGGAUGCUGCCGGCUUAGCGUGCUUGAAUCUGCGGAUCGGUGUGGGGAGCGGUCCUCGCUUGACCGGCAGCGGCUGCUCCUUCCAUGUUCUGCUCAGUAUCAGGGACCGUCCCUGAGCAGGGCGUGGUCAGCGUCAAGUCUGGCCAUUUGUUCGAAAAGUCACUGAUCGAAAAAUAUGUGCGCGAGACCGGGAAAUGUCCCGUCACCGGGGAAGCCCUGUCGUUGGAGGACCUGCUGCCAUUGAAGGUUAAUAAAACCGUCAAGCCUCGGACUGCGCCAGCAACGAGCAUCCCGGGUUUGCUUAGCCUGUUCCACGAUGAGUGGGAUGCAAACAUGCUGGAGCUACACAACACACGGACGCAGCUGCACCAGACUCGCCAGGAGCUCAGCCAUGCUCUCUACCAGCAUGACGCAGCCACGCGCGUCAUUGCACGACUGCUGAAGGAGCGCGACGAGGCGCGCACAGCCCUUACGGAAAUGAAGCAGCAGUACGCUGCCGAGCUUGCGGCUGCCCAAGCUGCUAUCGCCAAGGCAGCUGCGGAAGCGAAGCCAGAGGCGGAGGGUGGCCGCAAGCCAAAGGGCGGCAUUCCGGACGACAUCAUUGCAGAUAUGGCGGAAGUCAACGCGACGCUCAGCAAGGGCCGCAAGAAGCGGCCGCUGCCGGACAGCCUCGCAACAGCAGAGGAUCUGGUGUCCCUCACGUUGUCUGGAUCGCAUCCUCUCCAUAAGACCACAGCAGGAGGGAUUGCCGCGCUGGACGUAAACCCACAGCAGCAGGGCAUUGUCGCGACGGCUGGUCUGGACGGCACGCUGCAGUUGUUCGAUUACCUGCAGGCGCGCCUGCUGAGCAGCCUGGAGGGCCACACCAAGCGCUGCACGGGCGUGGCCUUUAUGAAUUCGGAGCUUAUCGUGAGCACCAGUGCGGACAAAACCGCCCGCGUGUGGCGCAGCGGCAGCGGCGGGGAUGGGGGGCCGGCGUGGCAAUGCUCCUCGGUGCUCCGCGACCACUCGGCCGAGGUGGUGGGCGUCACGUCGCACCCCAGCCGGCGGUACUUUGUGACCGGAAGCGCCGACGCGUCGUGGGCGUUUUACGACGUGGAGACGGUUACGUGCCUGCGCCAGGUGGGUGCGGAUGAGGGUCCUGGUGAGCCGUACACGUGUCUUCAGUUCCAUCCGGACGGUCUCAUUUUGGGAACAGGCACGGAGACCAAGGCGAUCAGGAUUUGGGAGGUGAGGCAACAAAAGGCCGUGGCGGCGUGCGAGGGCCAUGCAGGGGCAAUCCGCUGCCUGGCAUUCAGCGAGAACGGCUACCACCUGGCGUCUGCCAGCGACGAUUGCAUCAAGCUGUGGGACCUUCGUAAGCUCGCAAACUUUAAGACGAUAGAGCCCUUCUCCGAUGGCCCCUGCGCGUCGGUGGCAUUUGACCACAGCGGCCAAUUUCUGGCGGUUGGUGGGCCGGUAGUCAAGAUCUACGGCCAGAAGCAGCAGUGGUCGGAGCUCAAGACUCUGGCGGACGUUCCCAAGCGGGCUGCUGCUUUGCGGUGGGGCCCGGACGCACGGGCGCUGAUGGUCGGGGCAGCGGAUCACAACCUGCGUCUCUUUUCGGUGCCUUCGUAGAGCAGUGGAGAG